CCCGGAUGUAGAGUGCCAGUGCUGACAAAAAAAAUCCUAUCCUGUCGUGGAACAGACUGAAAAAAGCCGAACAGGAGAUCCAGGCAAACAGAAGGACAUAGCCAGAGACGCAGACAGACAGACGUACAGAUAGAGGACUGCUCCCAGACUGACAGAGGGCCAAGCUGGCCCAGCCAUGGCAUCAGCCAGCAGCACAGAUGUUUGAGGGACUUUGAUCUGGGGUGUUGCUGUGGGUUCCCUGGACAUUCCCCAGACGUUAUCCUUGGCUGGACCCUGGUGCUGUGUGUGGUGGUCUGGUUGAAUACUUAGCCCAUUCAGUGGUGUUCUGUUGGGCUCAGCCACCCCUCCACUCUGUCCCCCUCCUGGCUGGUGCUCAGGCUCAGCUCAGGCCCCCCCCUGCCUCAACGCUGGCGAUGUCAAGAGUCCCGAGUCCCCCUCCCCCCGCGGACAUGUCCAGCGGCCCUGUGGCUGAGAGCUGGUGUUACACUCAGAUCAAAGUGGUGAAGUUCUCUUACAUGUGGACCAUCAACAACUUCAGCUUCUGUCGUGAGGAGAUGGGCGAGGUCAUCAAGAGCUCCACCUUCUCUUCGGGAGCCAAUGACAAGCUUAAAUGGUGUUUGCGUGUAAACCCUAAAGGCCUGGACGAGGAGAGUAAAGACUACCUGUCCCUCUACCUGCUCCUGGUCAGCUGUCCCAAGAGCGAGGUGCGUGCCAAGUUCAAGUUCUCCAUCCUCAAUGCCAAGGGAGAGGAGACUAAGGCUAUGGAGAGCCAGAGGGCAUACCGGUUUGUCCAGGGGAAGGACUGGGGCUUUAAGAAAUUCAUCAGGAGAGACUUCCUGCUGGACGAGGCCAAUGGGCUGCUGCCUGACGACAAGCUCACUCUCUUCUGUGAGGUGAGUGUGGUGCAGGACUCUGUGAACAUCUCAGGUCAGAACACUAUGAACAUGGUGAAGGUGCCAGACUGCAGGCUGGCCGAUGAGCUGGGAGGGCUUUGGGAACACUCCCGCUUCACUGACUGCUCCCUGUGUGUGGCGGGACAGGAGUUCCAGGCACACAAAGCCAUCCUGGCAGACAUGGCACUAACUGUCUGUGUUGUUCCUUACAGAGAGCCAGAGGGCAUACCGGUUUGUCCAGGGAAGGACUGGGGCUUUAAGAACGGGAUCAGGAGAGACUUCCUGCUGGACGAGGCCAAUGGGCUGCUGCCUGACGACAAGCUCACUCUCUCUGUGAGAAUGCUGUUCAUUGACUACUGCUCAGCGUUCAACACCAUCGUCCCCUCCAAGCUCGUCACCAAGCUUAGGACCCUGGUGAGUGUGGUGCAGGACUCUGUGAACAUCUCAGGUCAGAACACUAUGAACAUGGUGAAGGUGCCAGACUGCAGGCUGGCCGAUGAGCUGGGAGGGCUUUGGGAACACUCCCGCUUCACUGACUGCUCCCUGUGUGUGGCGGGACAGGAGUUCCAGGCACACAAAGCCAUCCUGGCAGCCCGAUCGCCAGUGUUCAGUGCCAUGUUUGAGCAUGAGAUGGAGGAGAGUAAAAAGAACCGUGUGGAGAUUAACGAUGUGGAGCCCGAGGUGUUCAAGGAGAUGAUGUGCUUCAUCUACACGGGCAAAGCCCCCAACCUGGACAAGAUGGCUGACGACCUGCUGGCUGCGGCUGACAAGUAUGCUCUGGAGAGGCUGAAGGUGAUGUGUGAGGAUGCUCUGUGCACCAGUCUGUCUGUGGAGAACACUGCAGAGAUCCUCAUCCUGGCAGACCUGCACAGUGCAGACCAACUCAAAACACAGGCUGUGGACUUCAUCAACUACCAUGCUGCUGAGGUGAUGGAGACGUCUGGCUGGAAGUCCAUGGUGGCAUCCCACCCCCACCUGGUGGCUGAGGCCUAUCGCUCCCUGGCCUCUGCCCAGUGCCCCUUCCUGGGACCCCCACGCAAACGCCUUAAACAGUCCUAGUGUCCCUGGAUCCCUUGCCCAGCUCUGCUCUGCCCUGGGACCACAGAGGGGUCUGCUCUCCUCCUCCUCCUCCUCCAGGCCCCCUCCAGAGCCUAGAGACACCCAGAUUGAUACCAGAGCUCCUCCCUCCCUCCUCCCUCAGCUGAAAGUACAGGGGGGAUGGUAUGGAUUUGGUACAAAGACGAUUAAAAAAAAGGGAUGAUCAACCCUGAACUGAAUAUAGACAGUGACUACCUUGUCUUACCCUGUACACCUGUAGAGAACAGAGUGUUUGGGUAUAGGAGGGAAGUAGAAGUUGUAAAUUCAUUUUUAUUUUUUAUUUUACUUUUUUUUAAGUCCUCCUUGUAGCAUUGUGUAAAAACCCAAGCUUUAUGUAUGAAAUCAGAAAAACAAACAAAAAAGACAAUAACCAAAAAUGGACAAAGAUAAGGUUUUGGGUGAUGAAGUGCCACCAUGUCCCAGUCAUCUUCCCUGAGCAGAGAAAAACCCUGUAGUUCAUGUUUAACAUCCAUCUUGUACAAAAUAACAUUUUAAGCAUUUUUCUCACCGAAGGGCAAAAAGAAAGGUGAUUUUUGCAAGAAACAAGAUGGAGAUGAACACGUUUUAAUGUUCAACAUGUCCAACCUUUUUCUCUAAGAAAAACGACAUACAAAAACAUAUUAUAUCAACUGUUUUUACUCUGACCCUUUUCAGGACUACUUUCCUCAUUGGUGGAAUUAGAACGCACUCCUGCAUCACUGUCAAAACGCUAACAAAUGUUUAGUCUCAACACAAAAUACAGCUAUUUUGGAUUGUAAAA